AAAGAGUGACUCUGCACCUGCUGAAGUCUCUUUAGGUGUGAUUGAGUGUAAUCAGGCUGUGGAGCUCCAGCUGUUGUAUCAGCAGCCUGCAGGGCUGUCAGAAAACCCGCAGCUCUAAUCAGAGAGCUUCUAAACUGAACAGAGAGGAAACAAACCCGUGAAAUGUAUCCAGCCGUGACCUUACAGCUUCAAACUGAAGCUCGACUCUUUGACCUGCACUGCUCUGUGGGCCUGACGGACUGGGACAUGGACAUGGAGCUGAAACUGGCAACAACCACCGACCAGUUUUACCACGAUGACAAACUGAAUGAUCAGUAUGUGGUCCAGAGGCCUUCAGCAAGAGCCUCGAGAAGAAAAGAUGAAUUCAUUUGGUACGAUAAACUAUCAGACACUUUUGUGAAGCCGAAUCUGUGGCUGCUGGUGAAUCCCAACAUCGCCUGUCCACUCCAGUACGGAGAAAACACAGCAGAUCUACAAACUCUCUCUGAACCAGCUGAGGAAAUCCGAACUUCUCCACUGAACCCUGCAGAGAGCCAACUACAGCUCACCACAGAGCUCCUCACCUUCACCUCCCAUGGUGCUCCUCCGCAGGAGGAGCCGCUGCACUCCACUGAGCCCACGAUCAAGAAUAAAGACGUCUCCUGUCGUCCAGCCAAGAACAGACGCAAGGGACGAACCCCAAAGGCCAGGGACAGUAAAACCCUGAAGCCUGGUUGCUGGCCUCGUCCACCUGUGAACUACUGCAUCCUGAUCGCCUUGGCGCUCAAGAGCAGCCACACUGGAAGCCUCAAAGUCCAGCAGAUUUACAACUUCACCAGAGAGCACUUCCCCUUCUUUCAGACGGCUCCAGACGGCUGGAAGAACACCAUCCGACACAACCUGUGCUUCAACAGCAGCUUCCGCAAAACCUGCAACCAGACCUGCAGAGACGGCAAGAGGAAGUCGUGUUUCUGGUACCUGACCCUGGACGGCCACCACCGGCUGAAGGACGAGAUCAGCAUGCUGACAGGAGAAUCCUUCAAGCAGCUGGAGAGGAGCAUGUCCCACCCAGAUGCCAUUCAGACAUUAUUUGAACUUUGAUUUCGGGUGUAAAAGAGUUUAAAUCAAUGCAUAAUAAAACAAUAAAUGCAGAA